GCCAGUGGAUGUGUAUUUACCAAUUUCCACUGAAUUCGGUGCUUUUUUCACCAUUUCCCGUGAAUUUCUGCAAUUUUUCUCGGAAAAAUGAAUGAAAAACUGUAAAAACAUCUUCCGUACAUUAAAAAAUCUCCAAAAAUAUUAAUUUUGUUCAGAUUUUCAUACAAAAAUUGGAAAAAAUCUAUUUCAUGAAAAAUAAUUUAAAGUGAAUUAGUUAAAAAAUUUCAAAUAAAACCGGAAAAAAUGAAUGAAAAAUCAUAAAAUAUUAAAAAAUAAUUAAAUUUAAUACAGAAAUUAAUAGAAAAAUGCAAGAAAAAGUGAAAAAAUAACAAAAAUCGAAAUGUUUGUAAGCCAGAAUCGAUUUUGAAUGGCGACAUUUGUUCCGAAAAUAACACAAAAAGAAUGAAAUAAAGUGAAAAAAGAUAGAAAACGCAAGUGAAAAUGCAUCAAAAACACGCAAAAAUGUUAAAAAUAAGAAAAAUUGGAUUAAUUAUUGUUGUAACAACAUUGAUGCUGGCCGCCGUAUGUCACACAGCGAAUGUACAACAACAACAACUACAAGGACUCGAAUUUGUCACAGAGCCAUCGGAUAUUGUCGUGCCUGAGGGUACUUCGGUACUUUUACAGUGUGCUGGAAGACUGAUUAACCAAACGACAGCCGUUACAAGUACAAAUAGCAAGUUUAGCAGUAGCAAAUUCAUCAAGCAAGCCCCGAACAUUCGAUGGCGCGGACCCGAUGGACAAGAUUUGGGCAUCGUGGGCGAUACUUUUCGCACGCAACUCCCCAACGGGUCACUUUACAUCAGCUCCGUUGACGUAAAUCGCGGUUUAACGGGCGCUUAUCAGUGUUUACUGACAGUUGAUGGCAUCGGAACGAUCGUGAGUCGUUCCGCUCGAGUGUCAAUAGCUGACAAUCCCGAAGUGAAUCAAGAAUCAGCGGAAUUGUAUCUGGUUCCCGGGCAAACGGCGUACUUGAAAUGUCUUUCGACGCCGCUUCCCAAUGGAGUUUCUUACAGAAUUCAAUGGUUGAAAGAUGAUUUUCCCCUGAGAUUUGAUGCGACGAGGAUGACUUUGCUGCAAUCCGGAGCAUUGGAAAUUGACGAGGUAUUGCCGUCGGAUCGGGGAACAUAUCAAUGUAAUAUUACGUCGGGAUCUUUCAAUAAAAUUAGCACAAAGUUGAAUUUGAAUAUAAAAUCGCCGUCGGGAUUGCCGGAAAGUUUUCAGGCGCCAGCUUUUGCGACAGUUCCAAUGUCGCAGACAGUCCGUGAAGGAAGUAAUUUGACGUUGGAUUGCGUGGCGAAUGGAAAUCCGAAGCCUCAGAUCAAAUGGCUGAAAAAUGGAGAAGAUAUUGAUUUGAAUGACCUCGAUUCACGUUUCCAAAUGAUCGGGACAGGAUCUCUGCAAAUUACAGCAAUUGUGGAAGCAGAUUCGGGCGAUUAUCAAUGCAGAGCGAGCAAUUCUGUGGAUUCUCUCGACGCUUCUGCCUCUGUUCAGGUGCAAGUUCCUCCAAAAUUUACCAAAACUCCCGUCAACAAAGUCGCUCACGAGAAGGAAGAAUUGGAAUUUAGUUGCGGCAUCACAGGAAAACCGACGCCGAUCGUUCAAUGGUUGAAAAAUGGCGAUUUAAUUACUCCGAAUGACUACAUGCAGAUCGUUGGAGGUCACAAUUUGAGGAUUUUGGGGUUGAUUAGUUCGGAUGCCGGCAUGUUUCAAUGCGUGGGAACAAAUCCUGCGGGAAGUGUUCAAGCAGCAGCGAGAUUGAGAAUUAUUGAGACAGUUCAACCGAAACGACGACAACAUCAUUCCAAAAAAUCUUACGCGAAAAAUAAGCAAAAAUAUCCCGCUUUUGAUCCUGAGAAGCAAAUUAUCAACCAAAAACGGCUUCUUUCGAAGUCAGUUCUCGAUAGUUUGCGUUCCAAGGACAAAAAUGAAUUUUCCAAAAAUUCUUACGUUGAUCCCGACACACUUUUGGACGCCAGCGCGAACGAUUACGACGAAAAUUCGUACGAAAAUGAAGACGAUGACGACGACGAUCCGGGCACAAUUCACAAAAUCCCGCCCGGCGUCGAUCCAAAGAACUUUUUGCAUGCCUUGACCGAGGGAGGGAACGACAAAAAUCAAGUAAUGAACUUUAAUGCACCCUUUCCCAAUACUAUUGCACGCCAUCACAAUGUAGCAAACACCGGAGGAGCAUUAGCACCGUUGCCGGGAGCUCCGCGAGAUGUCAGAGCGCAAAUUGUCAAGCCGCGAUUCGUGACUUUGAGCUGGGAUGAGCCUUACAAGAACCCGGAUGAGAUUGUAGCGUACUUUGUUUACUAUAAAUUGUCGACGAGUGAGAGAGAGAGAAAACUAACAACGACAUCACGUGACGAACGAGAAUUGAACAUUCAAUCACUUUUGCCGGGCAAAACGUACCAAUUUCGUGUCGUAGCGAACAGCAAUCAUGGCAUCGGAGACAGUUCAGAGUCGUUGGAGGUACGAACACAGCCAGAAGAGAACAUCGCAGGACCGCCACAGAACGUAAAAGCCUAUCCUGUGUCUCAUACUGAGAUAAAUGUUGAAUGGGCUCCUCCGAUUGUGACGAAUGGGAUUAUUUCGAAGUACAGAAUUUACUAUGCUGAGGUCGAAAACGGCGUCGAAAUCUACGCCGACAGCACUGACACCUCAGCUACCCUCUCCGAGCUUCGUCCUUACACGGAAUAUGCGAUCACCGUCGUGCCAUGGAAUCAAAACGGCAUGGGAGACUCUUCCAACGAGAUUGUUGUUCGCACUUAUUCAUCAACGCCUUCCGAACCGCCAUCAAACGUGACAUUUGAAACAACUGGAGCAACUUCCAUCUUGCUUCAAUGGGAACCUCCUCCACUCGAAGAGCGAAAUGGACAAAUAACUGGCUACAAAAUCCGUUACAAAAAACCCAAAAAGCAAAGCGGCGUCGAAACAACUCCCGGAAACAUCCGCCAAUGGGAACUAAAAAACCUCGAACGUACCUCCGCCUACCAAAUUAAGAUCGCCGCAAUGACAAUUAACGGCACAGGUCCUUUUACGGAAUGGAAACACGCUGAAACUUUCGAAAGUGACUUGGAUGAAAGUCAAGUUCCGGGCAAACCAGCGUUCAUUGUGACUCGCCCGAGUGCUGAAAGUGUCGGCGUAUCAUGGGCACCGCCUACCAGACCCGAAAUUAAGGUUCGUGGUUACAUUUUGGGAUGGGGAAAGGGCAUUCCGGACGAAGAUAUGGUCACGCUUGAUGAAAAAGUGCGUUAUUUCGAGCUGAAAAAUUUAGAACCCAACAGCGAAUAUGUCAUUUCGUUGCGGGCAAGGAACAAUCAAGGCGAUGGCAUUCCAGUUUAUGACACAGUUCGUACCAGAGAAGAGGCUCCUAUUGAAUUACCAACCCCGUUGGAGGUUCCUGUCGGCUUAAGAGCAAUUCCCAUGUCAGGAACGUCAAUUGUGCUGUAUUGGACUGACACGACGCUCAACAAAAAUCAACAUGUCACCGAUAACCGACAUUAUACCGUCAAAUAUAUGGCAGUUUCGUCAUCUCGCGUGAAAUAUCACAACACCACAAGUCUCAAUACGAUGAUUUCAGACCUUCGCCCGAACACGCAGUACGAAUUUGCGGUAAAAGUUGUCAAGGGACGUCGCGAAUCCGCAUGGUCCAUGAGUGUUUUGAACACAACGAUGCAAGCGGCGCCCGUUUCUCCGCCUCGCGACUUGAUAAUUCGCCCAAAUGAGCAAGAUGCCUCUACGGUAAUCCUCGAAUGGCUUCCUCCGAAGCACAGUGUCGGUCCAAUAACGGGUUAUACGGUCUUUUAUACGACUGACACAACCAAACGGGAUAAAGAUUGGAUCCAAGAACAAGUGAUUGGCGACAAAACAAUGGCAAUUAUUCGAAAUCUCAAGCCGCAAUACGUUUAUUUCUUCAAAGUUCAAACGAGAAACCCCAAACCGACACCUUUUUCAGCGAUGGUAUCUUAUGAAGUCAUGUCCCCCAUGAAAACUGCAACGUCGGGCAUCAAUGGAAUACCCAUGACGGCACUUUAUAUCAUCAUCGGAGGCGUUUCGCUGUUGAUAAUUGUCGCAAUUCUCAUCACAGUAGUGGCUUGUCGCAAGAAAACGACCGAAUCUCCCGAACAUUUGAAGAAAAGUUAUCAGAAAAACAACGUUGGCAUCAUAAAACCGCCAGAUUUGUGGAUUCAUCAUGACCAAAUGGAGCUCAAGAACAUGGAAAAGAACCCACAAACGGUAAUUCCGACGCCAGGAAGCGAUAUCGCGCCAAAUUCGGGCUCCAUGACACUCCCGCGGAACUCGCAUCAUGAGUAUGACAGUACAAGUACCCUUUCGCACAUCACAAAUUCGCUGGAUAAGAGGAAUUAUGUGCCAGGUUACAUGGGAACGUCUUUGGUGAACUCUCCAAUGGAACGCCCGAUGUAUCCUCGGUCCCAAUAUAGUCUCCAACGACCGCCGCAUGUCUCCAUGGAUCAAAAUAUGAUGCAACAGUCACAAAUUGGCACUUUAUCUCAACCAUCGAACGAUAAUCACUACAAUUACGAUACACUGCCCCCUAAUUACAACAAUGUAAAUGUCACAUACGCCCCUGGAUUAGCGAUCGAUCGUGGGCAUUCGCUCAAAAGUUUUGCCAUGUCGGGACAACCGUGCGGAACUCCCAUCAAUAAUGGUCAAAAAACGAACUUGCCUGCUGUAACAAUCCGACCUCAAAACGCCUCGCCAUACAAGAAGGCAGCCACUAUCAACACCAAUACCCUCACAAAUCGCUUACAAACUGGUCCAAUUGUCACACAUUCCUCCGAUGAGAUUCAACGAUUGCAUCCGAGCAACUCCACGGAGGAGCUAAAUCAGGAAAUGGCAAAUUUAGAAGGUCUUAUGAAGGAUUUGAGCGCCAUUACAGCCAGUGAAUUCGAGUGUUAACAGUAAAUGACGCUCUCUGCAGAACAAAAAAAAAUCAUAAAUUAACCCCUUUCAUAGUCAUUCGCUUAACUUAUUCAUCAAACAUCGCAUCGCAAGAAAAAAAACAUAUUUUUACUUUUUUAAAAAGUAACAUUUUUUAUCGAAUCUAGUAUUUGUAUAUGAUAA